AUGAGCGAUUCCGACGACAACAAGAGUACCCCCGGCAUUCCAGCAUGGCAGCGUAACCAAAGAACGGAUGCCGAACUCGAGCCGCAGCCCGAACAGCCUUCGCAGGAUGCCAAACAAGAUGAGCCCGCUAGCGAAGACAACCUCGAAGUCGCCCGCAAAUUCCUGCAAGAUGACGAGAUCCGGGACGCGCCGAGGGAAGCAAAGGAAGCAUUCCUGAAGACCAAGGGCAUAUCAUCUGAAGAUAUAGAGCAGCUAUUGGGCAGCUCGGCAUCUGAGCCGACACAGGAAGUCAACCAAAUGGAACAGCAAGCACCGAAAAGCUUGACACAAAUAGCGACAACGACACCUGUACCACAAACAACACCAACACCACCGCCCAACACCGAAGUCUCCAUCCCUCGCCAAACAGACCAACCCCCGGUCGUUACAUAUCCCGAGUUCCUCACGAAGCCGACUCGUCCCCCGCCGCUGAUCACGGCCAACGGCAUCUUCAACACCCUCUACGCCUUCGCCGGUCUCUCCACCUUCCUCUACGGUACGAGCAAGUAUCUCGUGGCGCCCAUGGUUGAGAACCUCACCGAGGCGCGCUGCGAUCUCCACAGCACCACAUCCAAAAAUCUUGCCAAGAUCAUUGAGAAGCUCGAGGGCACUGUCUCCGAGGUCCCCGCCGCCGCCAAGGCCUCCGCCACGAACGCGGAAGCAUACAAGGACGACGCGAGCAGCGUCGACGCCGACGACCCUACCGAAAUGUUCCACCGCGACAUCGGCACGCAAACGUCGAUCCCUUCGACGCCCAGGUUUGGCGAGCCCGGCUUCGGGACGACGGCGACGGCGGAAGAUAAGAACAAGUCUGCGAGCGAGAGGCAUGCUGAUAAGCUCACGCGGCUCAAGAGCUCGGCGGAUUUGCUCAGGACGACGGUAGUCUCGGAUGCCGAUGACCUCGCGGACCUCAAGUCCAAGAUGGACGUGCUCAAGGACGACCUCGUACAACUGGCGUACCCGAGCCCGCAGGACUACGGCGGCUACUCGAUGUACGGUGGCCCACGCAAGAACGAGCCCGAAGACGAGAUCAAGAAGGCGAGAGACAACAUUCGGAGGGUCAAGGGCGUGUUGCUCAGCACGAGGAAUUUCCCAGCCUCGGCGAGGUGA